AUGGAGUACCAACAAUUGCUAAUAGCUUUCUGUUUCUAUUCAAUUUUUUCCCAACAAUCUCAGCUUACAUAUGCUGGGACAGCUCGCGAUGAAGCUUUCUAUUUGCUUCAAUUUAGGCAAGGACUCAGAGUUGAUUCAAAUUCAGUGCUCUGUGAAAACAAGGCCCGAACCAAGAAUUUGUCCUGGGAUGUUACAGGAGAUUGUUGUGAAUGGGAUGGUGUUACUUAUCUAUCUAUCAACGAGUUUCGAGGCUCGAUUCCAGAAUCCAUUGGCAACCUCACUGCAAUCACCGAGUUGAGACUUCCAGGUCGGAAGAAGAUUCUUGGAGAUCAUGGCAAUAAUAUAAGCGGAUUUCAAGAGCUACGAAUCCUUGAUUUGUCGUUUAAUUGUUUCACUGGCGCAGCACCCCAUUGGUUAUUCCAUCUUCCAUCCUUGUUUUUGUUAUCUGUUGAAGCCAAUCAAUUAACUGGGAAAUUGCCAAAUGAGCUCAAGAACAGAUCAAGUUCCUCAAGACACUUAAAUGUUUAUCUGUCACACAACAAGCUGCAUGGCAAAAUCCCUGAUUGGAUGUUAUCAUCCAUAAUCAUGGGAACUUUGCCAUCUAAUCUUUUCAAAAGUUUCAGAGGUAUGAUGGAUGUGGAUGAAGAAAAAAUAGGAAUUACACGAGCUAGCAAUAGGACUCACACACGGUACCUUUACCAUGUUAGUUUGAUGAUAAAAGGUAAUGAGUUUGAUAUGAGAAUCACGUCAAUUAUGACGAGUGUUGAUCUAUCAAGCAACAGGUUUGAAGGAGAUAUUCCAAAUUCCAUUGGAAGUCCAUUGUCGAAUUUGACAUUUCUUGAGGUGUUAAACCUUUCGUACAAUCAUCUAGCUGGGUGCAUUCCUAUUGGGAAACAGUUCAAUACAUUUCCAAAUGAUUCAUAUUGUGGAAAUUGUGAUUUAUAUGGAUUUCCACUGUCAAAAGAAUGUGGAAACAAUAAUGAAUCACCACUUGAACAUGAUGAUGAUGAUGAUUCAUUUUUUAUGAGCGGGUUCACAUGGGAAGCUGUUGUAAUAACUUAUGUUGUGAGAUUGCUGGAGAGUUGGACAAGUUUAUCAGCAAUGGAUCCAUCUGUUACAGCACUUUGCCAAAUUUUCAUUGGAAUUUCAGUAAAAGUAUUUGAGUUGGACUUCUCUUAUAUUGGUAUUUUUGGCAAGGGCUCGAUUCCUGAAUCCAUUGGCAACCUCCCUGCAAUCACAGAGUUGACACUUUCAGAUAACAACUUCACCGGAAAUGUUCCCUCAAGUAUCCGAAAGCUGAACAAAAUUAGCUUCAUAUCUCUCUCUUCCAAUAAUUUCAAGGCUCGAUUGUAG